AUGUACCCCGCGGGUCCCCCGACCGGCCCAUCCCCGCGCCGCGGCCGCCAUCCCCGGCCCGGGCGCCCCGCGCAGCCGCCGCGGCUCCCCGCGCCCUCCCCGGCGCCCGCCGCGCGGCCGCCGCCCCCCGCGCCCGGGCCGCGGCCCCGCGUGGCCGUGAAGAUGGCCUUCCGCAAGGCCUACUCCAUCAAGGACAAGCUGCAGGCCAUCGAGCGCGUCAAGGGCGGCGAGCGGCAGGCCAGCGUGUGCCGGGACUUCGGCGUGCCGGGCGGCACGCUCCGCGGCUGGCUCAAGGACGAGCCCAAGCUGCGCUGGUUCCUGGAGCAGCUGGGCGGCGAGGUGGGCACGCAGCGCAAGAAGAUGCGGCUGGCCAACGAGGAGGAGAUCGACCGCGCCGUCUACUCGUGGUUCCUGGCGCUGCGCCGGCACGGCGUGCCGCUGUCGGGGCCGCUCAUCCAGGCGCAGGCCGAGGCCUUCGCGCGCCAGAUCUACGGGCCCGAGUGCACCUUCAAGGCCAGCCACGGCUGGUUCUGGCGCUGGCAGAAGCGCCACGGCAUCUCCAGCCAGCGCAUCUAUGGCGAGGCCGAGCCUCUGGCCGCGGGCCCCGCGCCCGGCCCGCCCGUCAAGCCGGAACCCGCGCAGCCCCCCGGCCCCAGCCCCGGCCCCUUGCCCGAGCGAGCCCCGGCCCCGCCGUCCCCUGCCGAGGGCGGCUAUGGAGACGAGCAGAUCUACAACGCGAACGUCACUGGCCUCUACUGGAAGCUGCUUCCGGAGCAGGCCGCGCCCCUGGGCGCGGGAGACCCCGGCGCGGGGGGCUGCGGCCGCCGCUGGCGGGGCGACCGGGUGACGGUGCUGCUGGCCGCCAACCUGACCGGCAGCCACAAGCUGAAGCCGCUGGUCAUCGGGCAGCUGCCAGACCCGCCCAGCCUGCGCCACCACAGCCAGGACAGGUUCCCAGCCUCCUACCGCUACAGCCCGGACGCCUGGCUCAGUCGCCCGCUGCUGCGCGGCUGGUUCUUCGAGGAGUUCGUCCCCGGCGUGAGGCGCUACCUGCGCCGCAGCUGCCUGCAGCAGAGGGCGGUGCUGCUGGUGGCCCACCCGCCCUGCCCCAGCCCGGCUGCCCGGACGCCGGCCCUGGAGGAGAGCGAGGAGGCCCUCAGGCGGUGUCGGCCCGAGCCCCUCAGCUCCCCGGAAGAGCUGCAGACCCCAGACGGCGCUGUGCGGGUGCUGUUCCUGUCCAAGGGCAAUAGCCGGGCACACAUCCCUGCCCCCCUGGAGCAGGGAGUGGUGGCCGCCUUCAAGCAGCUGUACAAGCGGGAGCUCUUGCGGCUAGCUGUGUCUUGUGCGGGGGGCUCCCCGCUCGACUUCAUGCGCAGCUUCAUGCUCAAGGACAUGCUGUACCUGGCCGGCCUCUCCUGGGACCUGGUGCAGGCCGGCAGCAUUGAACGGUGCUGGCUUCUCGGCUUGCGGGCGGCCUUCGAGCCCCGGCCCCCCGAGGAGUGUGUUGGGCAGCCGGCCGGCCAGGCCGAGGAGGCGGCGGAGCACAGCCGGGUGCUCAGCGACCUCACGCACCUGGCGGCCCUGGCCUACAAGCGCCUGGCGCCCGAGGAGGUGGCCAAGUGGCUGCAUCUGGACGACGAUGGGGGGCUGCCUGACAGCUGCAGAGAGGAGGCAGGCCCUGGCCGGCCCCCGGUGCUGGCCCCUGCUGCCCCUCCACCCCCCGCCAGCCUACCCUUUGCCGUGGGGGGUGGGGAGGAGGAGGAGGAGGCCGCCGUGCCCACUGCCGGGGAGGCUGUCCGGGGCCUGGAGACUGCUCUUCGGUGGCUGGAGAACCAGGACCCCCGGGAGGUGGGGCCACCGAAGCUGGUGCAGCUGCGCUCACUCAUCAGCGUGGCCCGGAGGCUGGGGGGCAUUGGUCCCUCUCCCGCAGUCCCCGAGGACGGGGUGUGAACACGCCAGCCCCGUGGCCCCCCAGUGGCUGUUUUGCUGCUGCACUUGGAGGGAGAGGGUGCACACAGGCUUUCCGUCUUCCCUCCUUCCCUCCCCAGGGGUGGCCCCCCCACGGCCCAGGGGGUUCCAAGGAGCCCAGCACAGGCCAGCGUGGAGGGGCUCUGUUCCUGCUCCACUGGCCCCCAUCCUCCUGAGGGGGCGCUAGAAGAGAGGCCUCGGGCUCAGACGCCUCCUCCCUGGGUAAGCAAGCUCGUGGGUCUGUGGUUCUCGCCGGCUCCCUUGCCGCGCACACGACACAGCGCACUUAGCAGAGCAGCUGUCGGCAUUCCCGCCCCGGCCUUUGUGGGGCUGAGAUCGUCAGCCCCGUGCCCGGCCGUACCUCCUGCCCUCAACCCCGGUGGCCCGUCACAGGCCCCGGACGAGGGUCCAGUACUCCUGUCAUCUGGAACCCUGGUGCUUCAUGGUUCCCGUGCCACGCCGUGCGAUCAUCCCCGUGCUGAAGCACACCACUCAGUUUUGGUUUUUACCACAUUAGGUCCAUUUUUACGGAUACCGGUCAUGGGAGCCAGAGUGGUGUCUCACCCCUCCCCCCCCCCCAGCCUGGGGGCCCGUCUUGGAGGUGGGCUCUCUCCACUGGGAAGGGAAGAUAGUGCCCAGGCAUUUGGGGGUCCUGAGGUUCUGGAUGAGUGUAGACUUCCGUUCCACUGGGAUUGUUAGUUUUCCUUAGGAAAAUUCCAUUCCAAAAUCCCUCUCAUUCUGUGGGGUUGGCGACCUUCUAGCCCUGGGUCCUGGUGACUUGACCAAUGACUGAAUGAGCUCCCCAGACCAGCCACAGGCCACUCUGUCAGCCCUGGAGCCCGGAGCCACGCCACCUGCCCGGCGCGGGCCUGUGGCCCUGACAGCCACACCAGGACGACCCUACAGUGCCUUAGUGUCCUUCAAGGCGUCCAUCCCUCCCACUGCCGAGGGGGUGGCAGAGGCGCGGCAUCCCAUGGCCCCAGGAUCUGGGCUUCCGGGUGGCCCAGUUAGAGAGAGGGAGGCAAGUGCUCGUGUGUCACUGCCCAGCCCAGGCCCGGAGUCUGCCGGAGGUCUGGGCCCCGGAGGUGCCCAGGGGCUCUGGGGACUGUCUGGAAAGCUGCUGCCCAGAGCCCCGUGCAGGGCAGGAGGGCCGGGUCACGGCCUGCACCGCCCCCCCCCCCCACCAGCACUGCAGAGGCUGUAGACAGGCAGCGCGCUGGCAGGAGGGAGCCCCUGGAGCAGCUUCCCCACAAGUCCGAGGACAUAAGCUGCUCCUCGGAGCUGCCCUCAGUCGGACAGUGUGCGUGCAUGUCACAUGCAGAGAUCUCACAUCUGAGAGCUGAGGGGAGAAGUGGAGAAUCUGGAAGCAGGGCUUGGUCACAGUCCGAGGGCACCAGCCUCCAACUGGGGCCCAGCUGGCACCUCCACUUGCCCUUCUCAAGCCUGCACCCCUGGAGGAGCCUGUAGCCGGCGAUGGUGGCCCCGGGACUAACCCAGGCAGCUGGCAUGGGGCUUCAGGAAGUCUUAUACCACCUGAUGGCAACUCAGGGACACAGGGCUGGGAGCCCUUGGCCGCAACGGCCAGCCUGCCACAGGGGUUUCUGGAAAGGCCGAUCUCGGGGCCUGCAUGGGCGCUAGGCAAGGGUGCACCUGGGGCUCCAGGGAGUGUCUGCAGGAGAAUGGCAAAGGUUGCUGCUCUCCCAGAAAGCAGAUGCUGGGCAGGGUCCUGGUUGGGGCAUCUGGUGGGCAUGGCAGCAGGCUGGAGAGGGGAGGCACUGAGAAGGUGAGCACCCGCCUUCUGCUAAAGCCACACUUGGCAUGUUUUUGGGGGAUGAGCCCACGUUGCGCCAAUCAGAGGGAGCCCAUCUGAGAUGCCCGAGGGGGCUAUGUGCUUGGGAGGGGACCCCGACACGAGGUGGGCUGCAGGUGCAACGUCGGCAUGUGGGGAGGGGACAGAGCACCUGCAAGCUGAGGGGACCAGGGACCCAGCCCAUGCUGCGCGCCCCAGUGUGGGUCAGGACUGCUGUGGGGAGCCCUAGGAAGGACACUGGGCACUGCCUGUCCUCAGAUAAUGGUGUCCCCAGGCGAGGCUGGUCUCCAGAGGCGUGUCCUUGAGGGGACCAUGGGCUUACGGGGUGCACACCCUGUUGAGCCUCUUCACACCAGUCCUUGCUGAUGGUGGAGUUCACCCAGUCAGCCCAGUGAACUUCAUAAUAAAGGUUCAUGUCAACUUCA